AUGAGCCGGUGGCCUGGCCAGGUGCGUCCUGGAUUCGGGCGGCCGCCCUGUGUCCUCGUGCCUGGGGCACCGAACCCUCGGGCCCGCCCCUUCGAACUCUCCAGCUUGCCAAGCAGUUGGCGGGCAGUGGAAGAUCAGCUACAGAUAUGUGGCUACAAGAGGGACUCUGAUGUCUUGGAGCUCUUCCUUUCUCAAAAAGAACUGACAGAGGUCAUUGAUCUUUCCAGGUUUAAAAACUUAAAAUACUUAUGGCUUCAUCACAACAAGCUCCACGGGAUAGCAUUUCUUACUCGAAACUAUUGUUUGACAGAACUGUAUCUCAACAACAACGCAAUCUUUGAGCUGGAAGGUCUGCACUAUUUGCCGUCCUUGCAUAUCCUCCUGCUCCACCACAACGAGUUAACAAACCUUGACGCAACAGUGAAGGAGUUAAAGGGAAUGCUAAAUCUGAAGACCCUAAGUCUAUACCAAAACCCUUUGUGUCAAUAUAAUCUGUACCGUUUAUACAUAAUCUACCAUCUCCCAGGAGUGGAGCUGCUGGACCGAAAACACGUUACAGAAAAAGAAAGAAGGUCAAUGAUUACCAUUUUUGACCACAAGAAGGCUCACAUCAUCCAAUCAAUAGCAUUUAGAGGAAAAGUCGACACCUGGUGGAAUCCCAAGUCACCCUAUAAGCAAAAGAGGAAGCAGAGACUCCCUUCAGAUUUUGCGUUUGCUGAUAAUGUAGACAAAACUGUGUUUGAGGACCCUGAAGAUGCUGUCUUUGUGAGGUGCAUGAAGCACUCACUCAUGACAUUCACGUCGAUGAACUGGGACACAGUCCCCACUCGGGAGGAAAAGUACCUUGAAGAGAGAAGCCCAGAGUCUGCUCAGAUGCUCACAGUGAGCCUGCGAUAA